GGCACUGGGAGCCGGGCGGAGUGUGGCUGUCUAGUCUGUUCCUGAAGCCCCGGGUCGGUGAUACAGCAGUCCUGCAAUGGCAGAACCACAGCCCGCCUCCGGCGGCCUCACAGACGAGGCCGCUCUCAGUUGCUGCUCCGACGCGGACCCCAGCACCAAGGUGGGCGCAGGACCUUAUUCUCCCGUGUCAGGGCCUCUCGCGGGGCGGCUGUGGUCCCGGGAGGGACCCCGGGACUCAGCCCCAUCCGGCCGCUCUGCAGCUACUAUGUCUUGCCAUCCUGUUGUUAAUGAUUCAGGCUUGGGUUUUUGUUUUUGUUUCUUUUGUAAUUUUAGGCUACUCGAAAAAUUAGAUUUUCCUACUAUGAAAUUUUCACUCUAUUUCUUGGCUUAUGAGGAUAAAAAUGACAUCCCCAAAGAUAAAGAUGAAAAAAUAGCAUGGGUGUUCUCCAGAAAAGCUACACUUGAGCUGACACACAAUUGGGGCACUGAAGAUGAUGAGGCCCAGAGUUACCACAAUGGCAAUUCAGACCCUCGAGGAUUUGGUCACAUUGGAAUUGCUGUUCCUGAAGUACACAGUGCUUGUAAAAGAUUUGAAGAACUGGGAGUCAAAUUUGUGAAGAAACCUGAUGAUGGUAAGAUGAAAGGCCUGGCAUUUAUUCAGGACCCUGAUGGCUACUGGAUUGAAAUUUUGAAUCCUAACAAAAUGAGAGCUAUCGUUUAGUACUAUGAAGAAUGCUUCUUUGAGAUUUCAGUGAAGACACAGAUUGAAAAAGUAAACAAUGUGAUUGAAGAUACACAGAUAACAGAAGGAUCUAGAACUUAUGGAUCAUUAUUGCGGUUCAAAUUAUUCUUAAAUCCAUUUUCCUUUCCUAUUUCAGCUGGAGUUUUUUCUCCUAACUUUUCAGUCAUUCUGGUUUUAAAGUAAUGCUUUAUCUUAUGUCCUUGAAUAUAGUUGUGUAACUUUACUUUUUAGUUGAUAAUUAGAACAGUUCCCUUCAGAGGCUGUAUUUACUUGCCUUGUAUCUCCUAAAUAAUACUUCUCUUCAAGUCUGCCUUUGAAUCAUCAUUUUCCCAAAAAAAGUAUUUAACAUGCUUUUGUUGUGGUUAUCUUCUGGGGUUUCGAUUCCUCAGAAAUAACUUUCCACAGUGGCACAUAAAGAACAUAGAACAAGAAUGAAACUUCAUGUGUACUUCAAACAGUACAAAGUGUUUAUUUUACAAAAGAGAAGGUACUCUCGAGAGUAAUUCAGAAUCACGCUGACGAGGAUACUGAUAGAAAAAGUAGUUUCAUUUUACUUAUAAAGUACAUUUGAAGUUCAAGGACUGACCUCAUUUAACUGGGAAUGGGAAGGAGUAAAAAAUAAAAUUUUUACUGGGUACCCAGACACUAGGCUGUAAGAUUUUAAUACUGACAACUAUCCUUCUAAGAAAGAAAACAGGCUAAGCAUACAAAGUAACUUACAGUGAAUGGAAGGCAAUAUAAAUAGGCUCAAGUACUCAAGAUCUCACCAUCAUUUUUGGUAUUAGAUUGUGCCUCACAGUGCCUCACAGUACCCCCUUCACUAGGCUCCUGUUGCAGGAACAUUCAGUGAGUGGAGCAUUGUGCUCUUGGCUCCCUAGCCUGAGUACUGUGGUGAGGGAAGAAGCAGUAGGAGAGUCUUUAGCACGUGACUGCUUUAGGGACAGACACCCUGUUAUUCCUGUAGGUGAUGCCUAUAUUAGCCUGGAAGAGCCCCCUCUACCCCAAGGUCUUCUUGAUGCCAGUAGCCACAUGUAACGAAUUAUGUUCAAUAAAAACUUAGUUAUCAGAAAUCAGCUUAAUGGGCUUCCUUCUCUGCCAUGAUUGACAUUUGAUGGCCUUUUAAAAAUCAAAGUGAUUUUGAAACUCUCAAAAGGCCUGGUCUGUGAAAACUCGGCUUGUGGUUGACUACAUAUAGACUUUCUAUAGUGGAAGACCUUUGGGUAGGUCCUGCCCACUGCGCUUGCACUGCUAGAAGCACUUUACAUUUCUUCUUUGGAUGAAAUGGAUUUAUGUGAACAAUUUAAACAAAUAGCCAUACUUAUAGACCAAAAUAAAAUUUCAAAAGAGA